AAAAAAUAAAAAAAUCAGAAGCUUCUUAUAAGAGAAAUAAUAAUCUCCAAUUUCAGUUUCUCGAGUUUAUCAGCCAUGGCUUCGCAAGCUAGCCUUCUCCUUCAGAAACAACUCAAAGAUCUCUGUAAGCAUCCUGUUGAUGGAUUCUCAGCUGGUCUGGUUGAUGAGAAGAAUAUAUUCGAAUGGAGCGUUACCAUUAUUGGUCCUCCUGAUACUCUCUAUGAAGGAGGCUUCUUUAACGCUAUUAUGACCUUCCCGCAAAACUAUCCGAACAGCCCGCCAACCGUGAGGUUUACUUCGGAUAUGUGGCAUCCUAAUGUUUAUUCUGAUGGCCGUGUUUGCAUAUCUAUUCUUCAUCCUCCUGGUGAUGAUCCUAGCGGUUAUGAGCUUGCAAGCGAGCGCUGGACUCCUGUUCAUACAGUUGAAAGUAUUAUGUUGAGUAUCAUAUCAAUGCUUUCUGGUCCAAAUGAUGAGUCUCCAGCAAACGUUGAGGCCGCGAAAGAAUGGAGAGAGAAGAGAGAUGAGUUCAAGAAGAAAGUGAGCCGCUGUGUCAGAAAGUCUCAAGAAAUGUUGUGAUUCAGCUUCAAACUUUACACCCUUGAAGAUCGCUGGAGUUUCAUCAAAAAGUUCUUCAUAUUCCUAUCUGAAACCCUUCAAAACUGUCCAAAACGCAACUUUUAUAACUCGGGUUACAUCUCUUUUUUGUAGCGUUCGAGAACCAGAGCGUUCUGAAAAGUGUUUGGUGGAGAAAAAUGUUGUUUCCUGAGAACCUUGACAUUAAAAAUUAUAAAUUUCAUUCGUUAAGAAUGCUUCUUUGCUC